AUGGCAGAACUGAUGGCAGGAGACGAGGCUGAGAGUUCACCCAACAGUAGUGUUGUCGAAAUUAUUGAUGAAAUCACCAAUUUCCUGUUCGCCAAGAAUAAAAUCGGGUUCGUCGAUGGAACCAUAAAUAAGCCAGAGAAGACUGACAAGAAGUAUAUGAAUUGGAUGAGAUGUGACGCCAUGAUAAAAGGGUGGCUCACUACGGCUAUGGAGAAGGAGAUACGAGCCAGCGUUAAAUACGCGAACACGGCUGCAGAGAUCUGGAAAGAUUUGCACGAAAUAUUUGGUAAAGAGAGUGCACCGAGAACGUAUGAAAUAAAGCAGUCCAUUACAAUGACUCGCCAAGAAGAAGCCACGGUGUCGGCUUAUUUCACCAAGUUGAGAGGAUUAUGGGAUGAAAUAGACACCAUGCUACAGGUGCCUCGGUGUGAAUGUAAAGGAUGCACGUGCGAUAUUGGAAAGAAACUGGUUGAAUUGAAAGAGAAAGAAAGGUUAUAUGAAUUUCUAAUGGGUUUAAAUUCUGACUUUGCAGUGAUUAGAACUCAAAUACUUGCUAUGAAACCCACGCCAACACUAGGUGUAGCUUAUCAUUUGGUGGCCGAGGACGAGCAGCAAAGGAAUAUCACCGUUGGAAAGAAGGUUGCGACCGAAACAAUGGCUUUUCAAGUCGCGCAACAAGGAAAACGUGAUGUGCAGCCUCAAAAGAAAUCGUGGCAGAAAACCGAGAAAACGCAGCAGAAUACUAAGACGGGGCACUGUACAUUUUGCGGGAGAAAUGGGCACAUUCGUGAAGGGUGUUUUAAACUCAUUGGGUAUCCAGAUUGGUUUUUCGGAAAGGAAAAGAAAGAGUAUUCUAAACCAAAAGCAGUUGUAGCAGAGACAACUUCCAGUCCGGUUCCGGGUCUCAGCGAUGAACAAUACAACAUGUUUCUAAAUUUUUUCGGGAAGAAAGAAGAACAAAAGGAGAAGAAGACCAGCCCCCCAGCAGCAAAUAUGGCAGGUAGUUUUGACAAAAACGGUAAUUGGAUCAUGGACUCCGUAGCGACCGAUUCCAUGACCCACGUUCGUGGAUUACUCGAUAAUCUUACGAUGAGUACUAGUGAAUUGUCGGUCACAAUUCCUAAUGGACAAACCAUUCCUGUAAAAGGGAAUGGGGAGGGAUUGAGGACGAGGAGCUUGAUUGGAUCGGGUAUGUGCAGUGGUGGUCUUUAUAGGAUGGAAGCAAUUCGAGGGAAUCCAAAGGCUAUAACCGUGGAAGCAACAAAUGUGUGGCAUAAGAGACUUGGUCAUCCAUCUAGUUUCAAACUCUCUCAUAUUAGUUUUCUAAAGGAUGUUGGUUUUGAUUCAGAAAACAACUUUUGUGACUAUUGUGUUUGA